CUCAAACAAGAUUAAUUAGAGCUGAGUCUGAAGCCGGCCACACACACACGCACACACACACACACACACACACACACACACACACACACACACACAGAGUUCAUCAUCCUGGUCAUCUGCACCGCAUGUCUUGUGCCGUUUCUAGUGCUCUUUAAUCUAUCUUUAUAAGCCCCCUGAUCACCGCGUUCACCUUCUGCCACACAAUUACUCUUGUUUUCAUCUCUUCUCCAGGACUUGAUUUGUCAACAAGACGCAAUGUGAAGCUUUCCUUUCUUCCUUUGUGUGUGUGAGAGAGCAGGGAGAUGGUCAGCAGUGGUUUCAUUGCACUGGAUCAGCUUCAAAACUUCUAAUUGGAGGUUUUAGUCGUGGUCGUUGCUGAGUUCAGGCUUUUUUUUUUUUCAUCCCCAAUCCCCCUCCAUCCAUUCCUCCCUCUCCUCCCUCCCUCUCUCCCCCUCUCAACAGCUAAGCUCUUACAAAUGUGUUGAGGAUGCAUUUUCACCCAAACGCUUCCCCACUUCCCCCCUUCUUCUUCUUGUUCUUCCUCCUUCUCUAUGCCCUCCUCACCAUCCUCCUCCUCCUCAUCUUCGUUUCUCCCCUCCAUCCCCACCCCUGUCCUCCUCCUCCUCCUCCCUACUCACUCGCCUCUCUUUUUCUUCUCUUCUUUCUCCCUUGUCAUUUGUAACCCCCCUCCCACCCCACCCCGGUCCUCUCUCCAUACUCAGCAUUUUUCUCGGCUGUGGGUGUGAUGUCUCUGUGUAACGCUAAUCAGCUCUGGAGACGUCAGCAUUCUUUCAGUCCUCCUUCACCACCACCACCCUUCCUUCUCCUCCUCCAUCCUCCUUUCGUUACCUACUCUUUCUUCGAGUUGCCAUCUUACCGGUUCCUCUUUUUUCUCCUGACUUUCUUAUCUUUUCCUCGUCUUCUUGCCGUGUUUCACUCAUCUCCACCACCCCUCACCUCUCCCUCCAUCCUCAUGUCCCGUCCUCUGUGUUUGAGUGUGUGUUUGUGUGUUGUCUCUCCACUGUAACCGUAAGCAGCUCUGCUCUGGAGUCGUCAGCGUUCUUUCACUUGCUCCAUAAAAAUACAGCCUUCCACAGCAAAAAAGCUGUCUGUUGUAGCAACAGUGGCUGUGGCAUUGACCACACCGAAGCGAUCACCCCACAAGCAUUAUGGGAAGGACACCUCUGGCCCUUUAUGUGUGUGUGUGUGUGUGUGUGUGUGUGUGUGUGUGUGUGUGUGUGUGUGUGUGUGUGUCUGAGUGUUCGCCCAAGAUGAAUGGCGAUGCCUUUGCUCAGCAGAUGAUCCUUAACCUGAGUGACUUACACAUGGGCCAAGCUCUCCAACAAAACACACACACUAGUUUGUUGCAGUUUUGUGCUGUGGUGUAGGCCAAUUUUUUUGUCUAACCUUGAUGAAAUAGGACAUAAAGUUAAUCUCCUGUCCUCGUCUCCAAGUGUAGACUAUUAAAGCCACAACUCUAACUAUAGCUACAGAUGAGGCAAGUUUAUUUUCAUUGUUCUUAACCAUAAUGUGCAUUUUCCUUUGCAAAAUGAGUAUCUACGAUUAUUUUUUGAGCUUUUAUUUCUUUUGUUGGAUAGGGACAGCUGGUGACAGGAAAGUAUUGUGGAACCUGCAUCGUUUGUAUCUGUUUGUCUACUAGCUUGUAUACAUCUUCUUCCCUUUGUUUGCGUACCGCCAUGUUUCUUGGUUUGUUGCUGCAACCUAUCUAUCAGAAGAACUAUGUGAAACCAUCAGCAGGGCUGUAUAUUCUGUCCUAUUGUUGGUGCUUAGACAAAUACUAAUAAAAAAUGGCUUCAUAGCUCAACUAGAGGUCUACUGUGAUAAUCACUUACUUAGUCAACCUACUUUUUAAACCAACAAUAGUCAUCUCAGAUGGUUAAAAACCCCAUUCGGUCAAAGUUUUUUUCAACUUGUUACCUGUCUUCAUACUAGAGGACAUAUCAUGAAUGAAAUAUGCAAUCAAUACCUUGGCUCAUCAUCUCUACCUCGAAGUAUACGUCCAGACUUUUGCGGUUUCAUAUAUAGUUAACAUAAGGAACUGAUCUUGUGGGAUAGAGCUUUCUGUAUAAUUUUUCUUAUUCAGAACUGCUUGCUGGCUUUACUACAAAUGGCAAAAUUACUCCAAUGUUAUAACUUGUCAUUGUAUAGUGUAGAGUAGUUAUGCAGUGUUUGAGCAAUAUCAUAGGUGAGCAGGAGUGUUUGACCUGCAGCAGAUAGAGAGGGGUGGAUGCAGAGGAAGGCAAAGCAUUCAUAUAUCCACGUAUUUUAGAGGGAGCAAUAGUGUAGUGUUGCAUCUAAAACAUUUUAAGGCAUGAAGGGUUAUUUUCACUUUGAUACACAGGGAUGAGUUUUUAAGGGUUUAAUAAUAAUCGGAGAGGGACAUUAAUAUGUGUCAUAGAUAAUCUCUUUAGGUUUUGGACUACUGGUGGGACGCAAUUGCUGCAACUUAUGAUUAUUUCCAUUGGCGAUUCGUCUGUUGAUUAUUUUAUUUAUUACUUAGUUUUUUGGUCUAUAAAAUGUCAGAAUAUUCUGAACAAAUCUGUUUCAAGAGACCCUGUCUAGUUUACUGUCAAGGAAGUGUAAAGAAACCAAUGUUAUUUAAAAAACACAUGAAAUACUAUAUUGUUUGAAAAUGCCAUUAUAUGUUAUAUUAAGGAAGCUCACAUUUUUUCCUAAAAAAAAUAAAUAAAUAAAAAUAAACCUAAUGAAUCAGUUACUGAAAUAGUUAGCAACUAGUCUUUGCAGCACUGUUGGACAUGACAAAUAAUUUGAAGAUGAUACCUUGGGCUGUGAUGCUACCUUCUUCUGUUGGUAAUAAUACAGGUCAGAACAGACAAAAAGCAAAGGGAGAGAGGUUUGACAUGCAACAAACACCCAGAACCAGACAUGGGGUGUUACAGUUAUAUGGUAUUCUUGGUGAAUGCUUAACCAUUCUGCUACAAGGAUGUGCUGAUACUUGGCAGAUUACUCUAUAAUUAAAAUAACGAUUUGUUGUCACCAUAGCACCAGUUCCAUCUUUUUCUCAGCUGUGACUUAGUUGGAUUUGCUCAUGAUCACAUUUAGUUACUGUUUAUUUUGUUCACAAAAUUGGCACAUCUUGUAAUCAGAUUUUUUCUCAUCUUUACUGAACACAUUUUUCAACCCACAGGAAGUGAUUGGUGACUCUUAGUGGAAGAGUAUCUGAAAGAAGACCCUUGCAGAUAACAAAAAGUGAUUAUAAAGGAACUAUAUCAGUGCGGAUGCAGAGUACAGAGCAAAUGUUUAAGGCAAGCGAAGUGAGAAUGCUUAACUAAUGCCAUGUAUUAGUUUUGUGUGUGUACAGUAGUGCAUUGAUUUCUAAGGUGCUUGGUCAGGAGGUUGUUCCAUUCAUCUUGGAGAACUUGCCACAAAUCUUCUGGGGCUUUCAUGCUGUUGUCUGUCUUAUCAUGUAAUGACUCCGUGAUGCUGAGAGCAGGACUCCGUGGGAGCAAUGCCAUCUGUUCUUGUCAGUGAAGAUACCUCUUUAUGACUGACCGUAUGUUUGGAGUUGUUGUGAUGCUGCAGAAUUAAUUUGGCAUCAAUCGAACGCCUCUCUGAUGGUCUUGUGUCUAAACAUCUAAAGUGAUUUUAAUUAUGUUUAAAUUAAAUAUGGCAUCAAACCUCUGCACUGUACACAACAAAUCUCCAGUUUCCACACGUAUCAAGCAUUGUUUGGCUCGUUAAACACCCACGUUUACACGUAUUUGCAGUCAGCCGUUUUACAUGUGUGUUUUAUUGUGCCCCGCUGGCAUGGCAGCAGGGAUAUAUGUGUGUGAGCGUGCUUUUUGUUUGUAUGUAGAUGGAGUGUGGGGGGUUUGGGCACAGGGGAAAUAAACCAGUGCCUGCCAGGGAAACAGCCUCCUAUUUGCCCCUCUGUUUUCACUCCCACCCCCCUUUACUUUUCUCUUUUCACCACCCCCACCCCCAGCAGCCACCCUCGGUCUUCAUCUCCUCCAAACCAUCUUUUGUGUGAGGAUGCUCCUCCAGCUCUGGAAAGCUGCAAUCCCAACAAAAUGCAAGAGUGCAGUAAUGCAGGCAUUUGAGAUGAAGCUUGUUAAGCGCACAGUUAAAAGAAAGAAUGUGCAUAAUUGACCGAUCCGAACCCAUUAACAAGAAUUUGAAGUACCGAAGUCAAAUGCUUUGAAUGAAGCAGUGCAUUUGCUCCAUCAGAUUGAACCUCACCUGUGAGGAAAAGUGUAGCAUCACUCUUUUCCCAUGUUCUCCAUCAUUUUGUAGAAUUUUAAACAGAAUUUUUGAGUUGACAUGUUUUGUGUGCAUGCCUAAUUACUUGUAUGUGCUUGCUGGUUUGUUUUUCUUUGAUCUACAGCUAUUUAUAACUAUAGGAUAUGUGGCAGCGUACGCACAAACACUCACGCACCCUCAGAGACAGACAGACAGAGGUGCAUUGUGGGGGAAGCUCACUGGCAUGCUCAGUGCAGUGCCUUUUGAUAGAAAAGAAUGAAGAUGAAACAAGACGCGCUGCCUCACGUCUCUUAAAUGUCAUCACUUCCCUAAAGAAGGAGCUUUUUAAAUUACCCAACUGGAGUGAAUGAAAUAGGAGGCAUUUCCAAAUAUACUUCUUACUUGCUUCCCCCGGUGUGAAAUACAUUAGAGAGUGUAAAUAUAUACAGUGAGAGAACAGGCUGUUGUUAAUCAGCAAAUUGGUUUAACUAAAGUUCUGGUUCAGCAGUAUCAGGUGCAGUGGUUUGGGUGGAGAAGCAGGUUUUUUAUGCUUUGAGGACAACUGCAUUUCCCUAUCUGUUAAACAGCCAAUCACACGUGAGCUUGUUCUCCCAUUGAAUCCCAUCGUGCCCUCUGGGACUCCCUGAAUCCUGCAGCUAUAUUUUGGGCAAAUCCUCACGUUUUAGGGGUGUGGAGAGAGAGAGGGAGAGAGAGGAGAGGGGUAAGAAAAGAGAGAGAGAGGAGAGUAGAAAUUUGUGUGGAAGGAGAGAGAGAGAGAGAGGAGGGAGUGAGAUCAGGAAUCUGCUGAGUCAUCAUGACUGGUCUCCUGAUGAUCGCUCAGCAGCAGCAACAAUAGCCACCCUUUAUCGAACACACACACACACACACACACACACACACACACACACACACACACACACACACACACACACACACACACACACACACACACAGGUCUGAGAGAUGAGAGCAAGACCAACAACACACCACACAAAGCAUCUCAUUGAGAGCUUCUGGCAAUGCUCAUCCGUGGAGCCGUGCGCUCUAAGGUCUGAUCUCAUCUUUUGCACUUCCAUGCUGCCUCUUUGUUGACUCACACUGUUGUGUCUCCAUCCUUUUGUCUCUUGUUUCCACUUUGCUGCAUUUCAUUUUGGUUCGAUUUCAUGUUUAUCCUCAGAGUAGCUGCAGGUCUAUUUCUGUUUUUCUACUUUGCUAAGGUGUGUGUGUGCACAUGUGUAUUUGUGAGGCUUCGACAGUUGGUUUUUCCCCUGGAGUCCUUCCCACAAAUUUUACCACUUCCUCUUCGUUCACACUCAUUUCAUUCCUAUUGGCCUGAAGCCAGCCAAUAAGAGCCUAACAACACAAAGGUAGUGGGCACUGUCAGUGUAACCGCAAGGAAACAGGAAGUCGGGGAAAUUCUAAGAAAAGUUUGUGUCACUUUCACUCAUACAAUCUGAUACCGAUGCAUAGUAGUGUGAUAUGCUCCCACAACAGAGAAUUUAGAUUUGGUAUGUCUCCACUUCUCUUGGUCUGUUCAGAAGAGCAAGGCUCUUGUGGCAUGACGACGACUAACAAAGGAAAUAAAGCCUUGAAGGUGAAGCGUGAGCCGGGUGAGAAUGGCACCAGCCUCACAGACGAGGAGCUGGUGACCAUGUCGGUGCGGGAGCUGAACCAGCACCUGCGAGGGCUCUCCAAAGAAGAGAUCCUGCAACUGAAACAGCGGCGGCGCACCCUGAAGAACCGGGGCUACGCCGCCAGCUGCCGGGUGAAGCGCGUCACCCAGAAGGAGGAGCUGGAGAAGCAGAAGGCCCAGCUGCAGAAGGAGGUGGACAAACUGGCCAACGAGAAUGCGUCGAUGCGUGUCGAGCUGGACGCUCUUAGGUCUAAGUAUGAGGCGUUGCAGACCUUCGCCAGGACUGUGGCCCGGAGCCCAACUGUCGGGGUCGGGGUCAGGGCUGGAGGGGGAGGAGGAGGAACAGGAGGUGGGGUGGCGUCAUCGGUCAUCGGCCCGCUCAUACCAGGGAAGGUGGCGACGGCGACGAGCGUGAUUACAAUAGUGAAGUCAAAAACAGAUGCACGGUCUUGAGGGAAGUGAAGAUAGAUGAGGUGUAUCAGGAUGGAGCUGAGCUGCAUCAGACUAAUUCUUCUCUGCUGGCCUCCCUCUCCUCCACCUGCGCUGACUUCAGACAGCUGGGCAGUCUCACUACAUCGCCUCAGCAUGUUCCUGUCACCCGUCUCACAUCAGUGCAGAUGAAGGAAAGAAUGGAAGCAGAGGAGGAUUAUUGAGUCUAUAAACAGGCAAGCCCUUGAUCAAGGUUACACAGGGUUCUUAUUGUCACUGAAAGCCAGGAAAUGUCAAAUAAUUUGAAAAAAAUCUUGAAAAAUGCACAGAACACUUCAGAAAAAUCUGCAAUUUUGUUUGGUUUUCAUUUAAAUCAGUCAAAUUUUCUGUGUUGAGUUUUACUGCUGGUUGUUUGCCUAAAUUGUGGCAUUAAAAUUAGGUGUGUCAACAAAGGUUCUAAAACAUACAUUUGAUACAUAUUUUCAGAUUGGUUAUAGAAAUGCCAUUUGUUUGAUUCACACCAGAUUUUACCUGCUGGUUUCAAUGGCUGCAGAGAAGCUCCAUCUUGUUCUACCUCGCCAAGAACUUUUUCAGAAAAGUACUAUAGAAAAAUAUAUAUUAUACAAUGGUGGUAACUGUAUUUCUACUGUUUUGUACUGUGUUGUCAUUCACAUGAGGUCCAAGGUGUAUUCUCUGUGUGUGAAUUGUUAUAUAUCAGGAAUUCUGUGAAAUUCUGUGGCGCGUGUUCGUUUUGGUAUCGCUAUAUUUAGUUAGCUGUGUUUUUUUCUAUGGCCUCUUCACUUUCGAUGUCUCGCUUUCUCUUAACCUUAUUCUUUCUCUGUCCUUCCAUUUUUUUCAAUUCCAACUGGCUUCCUUUAUUACAUACAGUACUUCCUGGAUUUUACAGAAAGACAGGGAAAAAGCAAUUGAUAUUUACCAAAAAAUAAACAAAAUGCAACAUAUAAUGGAAAAAAAGAGGCAAAGUUAUUCAAGUUACUGACUUUAGUAUGUGAGAAUUUUCAGGGAAAUGGUCGUUUGAACACCAGAGCUGAAUGAAGAUAAACGUUGUCUGUUUGAGUUCCGCUCAAAAGUUUAUUCAUUAAAUUUGGAAGGGCAAGUGCCUUGGUCUCCUUAUUAUAUGCACCAAGAAGAAGUCAAGAGGACAUGAGGAAUUGUGGAAGGAUGGUGGAGAUUCAGUGCAGGUGUUUACCUGUGCUUAAUCUUAUACACCGACCCAUCAGGAAUCAGAUCGUAGCAGCAUUUAACUCUCGCUGUACAUUGUUGUACGAGCUGUGUAGUCGCCAUCAGGAUUAAUAAUAAUAAUAAUAAUAAUAAUAAUAAUAAUAAUAAUAAUAAUAAUAACACUCAUUUAUGUGACUCGGCAGUUCAUUUUAUUUUAAAAAAAAAAAACGAAAGGAUGUGCAAAACGGAAGCAUCUAUUUAUUCUCAUUUUUAUGUGCAGAGAUAGAAAGUUGAUGUUCAGUUAUGAGGAAAAAGUCCAUAAAUCUGUUUGAUGUUAAUUAUAUGGUUCACAUGUAAAUGAAUUUGAUUGGCUGCUGACUCAAAAAUGAGGUUACAGCUCAAAUCAUUGUGUGUUGCAUUCCUUUUGCUUUUAACCACAAAAUGUGAUCACUAACAGUGUGUUCAACAAAGGUAUUUCUCUGAAUUUCCAGUCACACAAAUGGGCUGUCAUUUCAUGCGGGCUUUACCAUAAAAGUAGUCUUAUGUGGUGUUCUGUACUCAAAGAAUCUUUGUCUAUGUAUGGUGGAGUCUGGAGUUUUAUAAAGACAAUUAUCUUUGCAUUGUUUGUAAUGACAUGUAAAAAAAGGUAUAAUGAAAUCUGUUUGAUAUACAGUAUCUCUCUAUUUUGCAAUUGUACCAAAAGUGGCUUAACUACUGAAUAGCUUUGUUUUUUCUCUAGUGACUAGGCACGUGUGUGUAACCGUGAACUAGCGUGUGGUGUGCUGUGUAGGUAUGUGACGAGGUAAUAUAACGUUCACUAUUUCAUGGAUAUGACUUUGAUCCGCGUUUGAUUUCAGGCCGAAGCGGGUGAUGACACCGUUGGUAACUGCACUCUUUCUCUAAUCAUAAAAUCUUUGUCCUCCCGGCCCCAUCACUCAGCUCCAGCGCGGCAGACGUGUCACAUCGUUUGUUAAACUGCAAUUAUGAGUUAUGUUUUUGAGGAAGUUAACUUUGGCUGACCCAUUUUACAUACUUCUAAACGGGCCUCUGCGUCUUUAUUUUGGUCCUUGCAGCGUUCACGGUUCAUUGUCGCAGAUAAACUGGCCAAUGAGAUGAGGAAGUGUUUUGAUUAACCUCACAGGCUUCGUCGUUUUGUGUAUUCAGGUCAUCUGGCAAGGUGACCAGAGAUGGGAAACUCAACCAUAGGCCUCUAUGGCUGCAUCACGCCCACUCCUAUAACUUAUUUUGGUCACGAGUGAUAAAGAUAUUUUGUUUUUUGCUGUGUAUAUUUAGUGUUGUUCAUGUUGUAUUUGUUUUUUUAACUCUUCUGGAGGUGUCAGGGAAGUGAAAUAACAUUUGUAUAUGGUCUUUCAUGAAGUGUAAAAAAUGUUUUGUUAUUUAAUGGUUUGUCUGUCUUAUCAAAGAGUGAGGUUUACGUGGGAGUAGAAUUGCCUCAAACAUUUUUUAACCUGAUUUAAAGCUAGUCAUUUACUGAAAUAGGAGCAAUUUGCAUAAUAAAAGCAUUGCAAACAUGCAGCCUUUUACCUGAACCGCUACUUCUCCACUGUGAAGAAAAAUGGGUUAGCUAGCCUACUGCUGUGCAGUUACUAUGAUUAGUAAAGUGUUGUCAUCUCUACAGAACAUUACUAUAAAACAGAAUUUGAAAACACAUGGGUAGAUAAGUGGGUUUGAGAUUUAAAAAUAUUGUUUAUGCGUAAUCUUUACACUGGUAACCGUUUAGUCAAACAAGAGAACUUCACAUAACUUAUCACAGGAGUAUACUCAGAGGUUUUCAGCUACAAGCAAUUUUAGGUAUUACACCCAGUAUAUUUAUGUUUGCUUCAUAUUUUUAAAAAAAAAAAAACAUGUCCUGUUUUGUAUGGGCUGAAUGCCAUUAUUGGUAUUUUUAAAAAUAAUUUCUUUCUCUCUCUGUCACUCUGUAGCUUCUGUCUGUUUCCUUGUUGAAAGAUGUUUUUUUCUGUUGUUCACUGGCUGAUCCUGUGUGGUCGCGUAGAUAUAUAAUAGGAAGAAACACAACUUGUGUUGAGACUAGGUUGUGUCAAACUGUACGACUGUAUGUGCCACUGUUGAACAAUAUGUUUAAUCCUACUCUGUAUUUUUUAUGCUCCUCUACUUUAAAAAAAAAAAAAGGAUGCAUACUGUGUAAACGUAAAUGUGUCAACAUGGUGGCUGCUGUUAAAUAGACAUAUCUAAUUAUGCAAACUGUGUAGGGCAAAAUUAGAACUCCUGCCGCACAGGAGCAGUGAUGCUAUUGUAGUCGUUUUUGUCGAGUUGUCUGUUUUAUAAUUGCAGGUACAAUGUGAUGUGACAAGGUUAAAGAGCUAAUAUACAGUGUGUUUAGCAUUUUAUGCCCGGUUCUAAAUGCCAGUGCCAGUUUGCCUCUGUUUAAAUUUGGCUUAUGUGUUGUGGCUUACCCAGUUUCGCUCAACAGUUAACUGUGAAAACAUGAAAUCAUCCAGUAUUUUUAGUUUAAUCCAUUUCCAACUAAAUGCAAAAUACAACGUAGCUGUCAUGUAAGGCCUCCAGUCGAGCUGAAGAAUUGGGAAUUUUGUCUUCCAGACUUUUUUGUGGUGUGAAGCGAUGUGUACACAAAUGAGGCCAAACAUUACAGAAGUUUAAUCCUGAUUUUCCCUCAGCAGACACGAUCAGCUGACGGCACUGACCUUCAGUGAUGAUCAGACAGGGCAGCUCGGUGGCUUUCCGUAACACAUUUUAUGAGCUUUAAGACACGCUGACCUUAUUUUCCGCUGCCUGUGCAGGGGUCAUACCCCCCUUAUGAUAAGGCAUUUCAUCACAAACCCGAGCAACCACUUAAACCGCGUCCAUAAAUAUUUUACAGAGGCAGAAGGAGUGGUGGAGACACGUCUGAUAAAACCCACUUAACUUGUCCGAUCCCUUCUUACAAAUGGUCUGUGAGUUAAUUCAGCAGCCUACCAGGCCCGUCCUCACAACACCUUAGAAGACACAAAUCAUUAACUCCUUAUCUUGCUGCUUGGCCAAUCGGUAUGCAGCCAUUCAGUUGUUUUCCCGUCUAGUGAAUCACACCACUGGACUCUAAAAGCCCUUUCACCCACCGCUGAUCCAGAUCGAUGAGAGUAAAUGAACCAAGGAUUCCUUUGAUCGUUUGUUUGGUGUUUUCAUCAAUAAUAAUCUUCGUUUUGCCUCCCAAGUUACCCCAUCUGCUGCUGCCUCUGCCGCUCACAUCGGCUGUACGACGUCUAGUCAAAAAUAAUCUCACACAGAGUUCAGGUAUCACAUCACAUUAGCUGAUUUUUUGUUUUUGUUUUUAUGACAGUCUUCCUCUUUAAUUUUACUCUUGAUGACAUAAUUUUUUUCAAACCACCUUGUCCACUGGUGAGCAUUCAGCCAGGUUGCUCAUGAGAGCUGGGAUUUUUUUUCUUUGUGUUUCUCAAAGUAUAUAAUGGUCAGUUUAAAGCUAUAGAAAAGUAGUGAGUUUGUGUGAAUAUGGUGUAACCUAUUCAGAAAAGCCCUUGUAAUAGGAAAUUCUGUGUUUUGUAAUAUUUCUGUAUGGGGUGUAAUAAAUUAUUCUACGACAGUACUUUCUAUGGGAAAAUACUUAAAAUGUGACAGUCUUUGUAAGUAUUUAUCUUCAACUAAAUUAUUGUUUUGGGUUUUUUGCAGUUUGUAGAUAGUGAUGAUGACAAGGUAUUGGUAAUCAUGAAAUUAACUGUUUCAUCAUCGGUCCGAUGCAUCUUUUAAUUUAUUGAUGUAUAUACUGUAUGUUUGUUGAUAAACAGCUUACUUUAUUUUGUAUAUGACCAAUAAACAUGUUUUAAAAUGUAGAA